AUGUGUAUUUUUUCCCCACUUUUUUCUUUUUUUUUUUUUUUUGACGGGCGAGAGGGGGAGGAGGAAGUUUGCCCCCUUUUUUUUUUGUUUGGCUUGCGCCCUUUAUUCCUCUUUUUUUUUUUCUUUUUACCUCUGCGUCCUCGAGCUGUGAGGACCCUAAAAACAUUUGUUUCUGGAGUUUUUUUUUUUCUUUCUUUUGCUGUUGUCUUUUUUUGUUCCUUCUCUCAGCGCGUGCAUUCGAGCAGAAAACGUGGUAGAAAUUAUAACAUCUGGACACACACAUACACACACAAAACAAGAACCACAACAAAAAAGACAGGCAGAAAGACAGGGAGAGACAGGGAGGAAAGUACCGAAAUGACUCGAGUUCAAUCGGAUGCAGCGACAGUUUAUGUGGAGGCAUGUAAUCGUGAGCACGCGGAGUGCGCACUGGAGUUGGUGCAGGCCUUUGAAAACAAUGACCGGGAGGCGAAUUUGUCUGACCGAUCGGUGCAAUUAAACGACGUAGACCUGAGCUGCAUUGCCGAGGCCCUAUGCUCCACCGCGCACUCGAUACGCGUGUUGAAUCUGGAGGGGAACGCCUUUGGCAUGGCUGGCCUGCAGGCACUAUUGGAGGCUGUUGAGAAGAACCCCGGCAUCCUCCGCGAGCUGCGGCUUGGCAGGAACAAAUUGAAGGACCAGGCAGCGGUGGUGAUUGGGCAUGCGUUGUCUCGUGACGGCUGUGGACUGAAAGUGCUGGAUCUCUCGGAGAACGACAUCACCAAGUUGGGUGUCAUUCCCAUCGCGGCGGCAAUUGGAGAUGGCUCCUGCGAUGUGGUGGAGCUCUCCUUCCACAACAACAAGAUCGAGGCGGAUGCCGCAACGUACUUGGGACAGGCCAUCCGUCAUGCGGGUAAACUGCGGCACCUGCACCUCGGCUACAAUGCUAUCCGGGACGCCGGGGCCGCACAGCUGGCCCAGUGCAUUCCUGUGACGGUUAGUCUAUCCACCCUUGACCUCACCGCCAACCGCAUCGGCCCUAGCGGUGGCAAAGAACUGGCACGGGCUCUCAUGACAAAUUCAUGCAACAUUCAACGCCUUAACCUGCGUCACAACCUUUUUGACAGCGAGACCAUUGAGAUGUAUGCGGAAGUUAUCAAGACCAAUACUUCACUCAUUCAGCUUUUUCUUGGCUUCAUGAAUCCAACGCCGCACUCCGCCGCUCUCGUGCUUUCGGCACUCUGCGCUAAUCGCAGCCUUUUGUUAUUGGAUAUCUACGGAUGGAAAUUGCACGUGGAGGACGCAUGGAAAAUCAUUGACAGUAUUCAGAGAACGAACGGUACAAUUGCGGCGAUUGUCACCGAUGCAUGUCAAUCCAUUGCAAAGCGUAUUGAUGAGGGUAACGAUGAGAGGGAAGAUCGCGGCCAGCAUCCCAUAUAUUUUGGUCCUGACGAUCGUGACGCGUACAUUGCAACUAAAAGUCUUCGACGCUUUUCUCGGGCGCAGUCACGGCGUCAAUCACGCGCUUCUUCACGUGGUGCGAUGUCUUCACGCACAGGAAGUCCAUCUCACCGUCGUGCAGUUGAGCGUUCUCACUCUUACAAGGACUCCAGCGUGCACACCCCACAUUCCACCAGGGCACAUCAGGAAAUUUCGUACCAAUCCACACAGAGCAUGAGCGUUGCAGCAAAAGAGGAACUCCAACACUACCGCCGAACGGCAAGUGGGAUAAAUGAUCCUGUGACGAUUCCGUCACGAGAGAAUACCCUUUCCCAGUUAGAAUACCAGUCAGGGGAUGCCAUGAGGCAGACUGUGGAGCAAUUGAGACGGGAGCUUUCCGAGCAGAAGCAGAUUCAGCGAGCGCUUGAGUUCCGUGUUGCUGCACUGGAAAGCAGGUUGGAAGGCAUGUGUUGUAACAAAACAUUUGACUCCGUGGAUCGAACACACGUAUCGCGAGCCGCGGGUGGAAGCAGCCAUGGAAGAGGAACACUCAAUCGUUUCAACGACGGCUACAAGAAAAAUGGUUCAAGUUACCGUAGUAGUUCCCAGAAUGAUGCUUACCGAUUCAGCGAAAAUACUCCCUAUUCUCAUAUGGCUGCUUCUGUAGGUGUCUCGCAUCGUAAGGAGUCUAUUGAGCGGUCAAAAAGCGCAGAGGCCAUUUCAUUCGAGUUGAGGCAGAACGGUAUUGCCGCUAGUGGUGCUGCUGGUGGAGGCGGCAUGGCGGCUGCCCACAGUGCGAGCAGCGGUGCCAGCGGUGGGCCGGCGGAAUUCCCACAUAUUUCCGUCGCCCGCACGGAGCGGUCGGAGCCGCCAGCGGAGCCGUUGGAGCUGCCGAAGGAGAGGAGGCCGGCAGAAGCGAUGCUGCAGACGUCGACGAGGGUGGUCGACAAUUACCAGCCGCAGCUGGCUCCCUCGCCGUCGAAGGACAAGGACCCACCGAGGCGAAAGGGCUCCAUACGAAGUGCCUGA